UAACCCUAACCUAUACACAUAUUACAUUCCGAUGUCCGCCAUCUUGGUUCGCAUACUUCGGGAGCCCCUCAUUUUCAUUAAAUGAUGCAUACGGCGUGUCACGAUUUGUAGGGUCGGCUUUUAUGCAAAUUUUAUCAAAUUCACGACUUUAGGCCCUUUUUUAGGGGGCUGCCUCAUAAGCGAGAUCGACUUAUAUGGGAGGAUAUACAUUGCCUCAUGCUAUAGUAUUACCUGUAAAGGUGCAUAUCAAAUUCUAUGGAGUUACGGUAAUUGGAAUUGCUGGUGCAUCCCCCUUUAAUCUGUGUAGUGUUUCCAUCCAGGUGCUGCUGCCUUACUGUUUAUUUAUUAUUGAAUAUUGUAAUUCGAUAGUUUUCUGUGUAAAGCUAGACAACCAAUGUGACAUAUAAAUUUAUUUUUGGGACGUCAACCCCAAUUCCACCUCUAAAUAUUAUGGCACCAUAUUUUACUUUAUAUUUAUUGGCCAAUAAUGACCCCACCCACACAGAACACGCCCCCUACUCAUCUCUAAAUCUGACUUUGGGACAAAUCCACUUCAACAUUUCAAUAUCUAACAUUUUUGAUACUUUUGAUUGGCCCUACACGGUACACACCCACUUGUCUGAUUACAGACUUCAAUAAGUACUUAAAGCUUAGAAUACUUUCAUCUUGACAUCAUUUUUCCAGUACAUCACUGCAAUCAAGAAUUGAAUCUGUAAUUUUUGACGUUUACAGCCAGGCAUUGCAAGGAUUUUUAGUGAGGGUUUACAUCCGUAGCAUAAUAAGAAGGCAAUUCCGGCUGUGAAAAUAAAACUCAAAAAAGGUAUAAUUAUCGGACGAGUUCCAAUCAUGGGAGACGCGAAUACUAGUGCCUAUGAAACGACGACGUGCAAUGGGGGUGUGAAAAGCAGUCGAUCAGACAGUUUGGAAAAAAUUGACCCAUUCGCAGUCGAGCAGGAAGGUCUUCUAACUGAAGAGGAUAAAAGUGACAGCUCAUCUGAUAGCUCCGACUCCGAUGGACAAAUAAAAGAACGUCCGGCCUGGGAUAAUAAAUUCCAAUACAUUAUGGCCGCACUCGGGUUCGCUGUUGGUCUCGGAAAUAUUUGGAGGUUUCCUUACUUGUGUCAAAAGAAUGGGGGAGGUGCUUUCCUAAUCCCAUAUUUCGUCAUGUUGUUUCUGGAAGGAUAUCCGUUGUACUUCUUGGAACUUGCCGUUGGUCAAAGCAUGAGGAAAGGUGCAGUGGGCGUGUGGAGUCAUAUACACCCUCAAUUAGUUGGGGUUGGAUUUGCCAGCAUUGUGGUUUCUCUUCUUAUUGGUCUAUACUACAACAUGAUAUUGGCUUGGACAUUAUUUUAUUUAUUCAAUUCAUUUCGCUCUGAACUACCAUGGGCAAAAUGUCCGGAAAAUAACGGAACAAUUGUUCACGAAUGUGCUGUUAGUUCGUCCACAGCUUAUUUCUGGUAUCGAGAUACUUUGGAUAUUUCUGGCUCUAUUGAGGAAGGAGGAGUGGCAAAUUGGAAAAUGGUUGUCAGUCUCUUCAUAGCUUGGGUUUUAGUAUUCUUUGGAAUCAUCAAAGGAAUCAAAUCAUCUGGCAAAGUCAUGUAUUUUGCAACUAUAUUUCCAUACGUUAUAUUGAUCGCGUUCUUUGUUCGAGGCAUGACACUAGAGGGAGCUGCAGCAGGAGUUGUCCACAUGUUCAAGCCUGACCUCACAAGACUUGUUGACCCAGUAGUCUGGCGAGAAGCAGCAACUCAGAUAUUCUUCAGUCUAGGACUUGGCUAUGGAGCAAUCAUCGCUUAUUCAAGUUAUAAUCCAUACAAUAAUAAUUGUAAAAAGGAUGCCUUGUUUGUGGCUUCAGCUAACAGUUUGACUUCGGUAUUUGCUUGCAUCACUGUUUUCUCUGUUCUCGGAUUUAAAGCAAAUCUGGCGACCAAGGAAUGUAUGGAAGUGAAUCGUCAAACAGUUCUCACUGCAUUCCCUGAAUCAUACUUCAUGAAGAAUUCAUCCUACAUUGAGUUUCUUCAACACAUGGAUGAAUUGAAUUCAACUUAUCCAGAUAUUUUUCAAAAUUUAUCGAUAGCGAAUAGGAAUUGUAGCAUUGAAGAAGAAUUGAAAGAGAUCGGUCAAGGAACCGGACUCGCUUUUAUCGCAUUUGCAGAAACAAUUCUAAGUUUUCCUGGCGCCCCCGUGUGGGCCGUUUUAUUCUUUUUCAUGCUUCUAUGCAUCGGGAUGAGUUCAGAGUUCGGGAUAUUACAAGCUUUUAUCACAAUGGUUCUGGACUUUGGGUAUAAAGUUUCAAAAUUGAAGUUGACGUCUGCACUAUGCUUAAGCAUGUUUAUAAUCGGUUUGAUCUUCACGAUGAGAUCCGGGAGUUAUUUCCUUGACAUAUUCGAUGGAUACUCAGCUACGUUUGGACUUGUUUCUGUUGCACUCUUCGAAACAAUUGCAGUUGCUUGGGUCUUCAAACUGGAAAACUUUGAAAAUGACAUUGAAAGAAUGAUUCACUCAAAACCAGGGUUGUAUUGGAGAAUAUCGUGGAAAUAUACGUGCCCAUUUAUUAUGGUCGUUAUUCUAAUCGCAAGCUUCGUGGACAUGUUUCUCAAUCCACCGAGUUACUACGCUUGGAACAAAGACACCGGCACGAAAGACGAGUUAACUUAUCCACCAUGGGCUGUGUUUAUUAUCGUAUUAUUGAUACUAAGCUCGAUGCUCUGUAUCCCGUUAUUUGCGGCUCUCGUACGUUUCGGAAUUUUCGACCCGAAAUGGAUUGGUGUGAAUUCCUAUGGAAGAAAUAAAAGAGCAGAACAAAAUGAUAAUGAUGAUAUCGGAGUUACGGAAUCUGCAACUCCAUUGAAUUUAAAUUCUACGAACAAAGUUUGAUUUUCGAUAUUUAUUAUCCACUAGGUGGCAUAUUUUUUGUGAACUGUCCAACACAUUUGAAAAUAUGUUUCAGUGUCGUUUUCAGUUCGGAGCAAGAUUAAAAUCUACAUGGGCGCGCUGCUAAGUUAUUAGCUUUUAAUGACGCUGAAAAUUUGCCAUUUCGAAUGAACUAAGCACUCCGUAAGAAGCACAUAGUUAUAGAAUCCAAAGGAGAUUUAUAUUUAUGGAUUAUUGAACAGAUUCUGGUCGUUCCUUAAACAUGGCGGCAUCAUAUCAUUUCUGUUGAAAUGGCAUUAUUCUGGCCAGACACAGUUUACUGAUUUUUAUCAUUUGGGUAUUAUUACUCCGUUAUAGUCUAAAUACAGAGAAGUGUAAAAUAGCGGCAUCAGCUCUGCCCUGUUGAUAUGGCAUUAUUCUGUCCAGACACAGUUCACUGAUUCUUAUCAUUUCGACAUUUUUACUGCAUUAUAGUCUAAAGACAGUGAAGUAUAAAAUAGCGACAUCGGCUCUUCCCUGCUGAAAUGACAAUAUUCCGGCCUUUCACGCAUCAUUGAUUUUUGUUGAGAUAAAGUUUUAAUAAUGAAUGCUUAUAUCUUUAUAUUACAUAGUAUGAAGUGUUAUGAAUUGGAAACAUGGAGCAUUUUCAUCUACUUCAAUUAGUUAUGGUUGGCGGUUGAAACAUAGUAUUAUUUAUUGGAAUCCAUUUUAGUUUCCGGUAAAAGAAAAUCAUUAAUGCGUGUCAUAUUUCGGACAUAUUGGGGUGCUCCCGAACCCUCAUUUACCCUUUUAUGUGUCAGUAUAACUCUUCUCAAGUGCUUUCAACAUGCUAUGAGCACGCUUUUUCUAAUCUGUAUUUAUAUAUACGCUUUAGAUCUAGAACAAUUAACCCGUUAUUGAGUAUUCUCUCACCCGGACUGACAAUUAGACAAGGAACAUCCCCCUUCAUUACCCCUUUUAAAAUCCCCCCACUUCUACGGCGGCUCCCUAUCGUUUCAGGGGUGCAUUUAGGAGAGCCCCCCUUUUACCCCCACAAAAUAAAAUCCCGCUUCAACAUAACAAUGGACUUACUUGCGAGGCCUGCCACCUCUAAACCCAAGAACCAUUAGUCCCCCAUCUUAUUUUAAUAUUAACACUCAAACUAGCCUAACUUUCCUUCCACUAUUAUAAAUAUGAAAAUUAUUCAUAUGCUUAAGCUUUGAAUAUAUUUCUAUUGAAUAUCGAGGAAGCUCAGUUUUAAAAAUGCUUCAUGCUAUUGUUAAUGUUCAAUAUUGUUUUUGUUUCUCUAUAUUUAUUAUUUUCAAACAUAUAUUUUGAAUUUAACAUGGGAUAGCAGCUUUAUUUCUGUUUUAAUGUUUAUUCAAAUUCAUUAGCCUUAUGGCUAUACGAUGUAACAACUCAGUUUUUAAUCACUAUGUUUGAGCUUUAAGUGUAUGAAGGUGCAACAUACUUAUUUCUGCGCUUAAUCAGCUAGGACCGUUGGUAAACUAUUUCCCCUCCUAAGUUGGGGCCUGUGAAAUUUCAAUAUUAGACUCAGGGCCAUUUAAAUAAAAACUUUCAUGAAAGAGAGAGAAUUUUCUUUAUUCAGUCAACCAGAAAACACAUAAUAUAAAAAAUAAUAAUUUGAUUAAAACCAUUCAAAAAAAUACUUUUUCCUAUGAAAAAAUCUUGGUCAUUGAAUCCCAAUUUUUUUACUUAAUCAUCCAGGCUAGUAAAUAGCAGCCCCUGU